AUGCCGCCCCUCCUUUGCUUCAAAGGGAAUCGACAGGGAAAGCGCUCGAAACGUGGCUCAACCCUGCAACGCAAUGGAUCAAAGGCUUCAAGCGAGAUGGGAUCCUCGGAUGAAGGUCUGACCCUCCACAAUGUCACCAAGAGGAUUAUUGCCAUCACCUCUCCAUCAACUUCAACCGAGAAAGUCUAUCGAGAAUCUCUUUCAAAAAUCGCGCAUCAACUGAAAUCUGAGCAUUUUGAUCAAUUCAAGAUUUGGAACGUAUCAAGAACUCGACGCGAUCUGCAACGAUUUGGAGCGCCGGUAGUGGAGAUGGGAUGGCCAGCACCACUUGCACCGCCACUUGACAGAUUAUGUGUGAUGUGUAAACAGUGGGAACAAUGGUUAUCAAGUGAUCCGUCACAUAUUAUUGUUGUUCAUUCAAAGGGAGAACCGUCAAGAGCUGCGCUCGCCGUUUGCGCCUUCAUGCACUACAAUGCAAUCUGUGCGAACGACGAUUCGGUGGAGGAGCGUUUCUCGAUGCAACGCUAUGCAGAUCGAUUUGUUGGAGCACAGUGGCAACCAAGCAAUAAGAGAUAUCUCACUUAUUUCGCGAAUCUCCUUUCGGGAAAAACCCGAGUCAACCCGGCGGCCAUCUACUUGCAAAAAAUCGUUCUUCACCAUUUCCCGAAAAGCGAGCUUUCUUUCAAAAUUUAUGAGAAGAUGAAACCCGUUCAUGUCACUACAACAAUCACUACAAAAGAUUUGACGAAAUUCGAGAUCGAUCAAGAGGUGAAACUGCGUGGAGACAUUCUUCUGAAGGGCAUCAAGAUUGAGAAAAACUCUCAAGUGACGGUAUUCUUUUGUCAAUUCAACACGUGCGCACUUGAGUUAAUCGGGAAAACGCCGAAUUUAGAGUUUUUCAAGGAAGAGUUGGAUUUGAUUUUCUCAAAUAAUGACAUUGAUAAUCGAUGUAAAUUGGAAUUGAUUUUCUCAUUGGAUCCACCAAAAGUGCAAAGGAAACGAUCCAUCAUCAUUUCUGAAGUUUCUCGCGCGAACAGCUACGAGAAUUUCGAGGAACCUGAGGACAACUCGGAAUCGGUCGAAUACAGUCGAAUUCAGAAGUCGUCUCGUGCCGGGCCGGCCAGUGAGGACUCAGGAGUGAGCACAGAGUCGCCUAGCAAAGAAGAAGGUAUGGGCCCUCCACCCGUGCCACCGAAACCUCAUCGACCCGGCAGUGCACAGGGAAUGAUCGAAGAAGAACAACAAGGAGAAUAUGUGGAAAGACGUGGCGUUCUGCCGGCGGCCGUGAAACCCCUUGUCAAAGCGCAAAAGGAACAAGAAAGAACACAAGAGAAUGGGAUUUUGGCGCAAUUUGACGAAAUCGAGGGCGAGAUCGGGACAGAGAAUGGAGGGACAAAAGAGAAAACGACACCAUGUUUGGAACCGGAUCUCGUGGGAAAGGACAGAUAUGACAAAGCGUCUAAAUGUUUCUCCUAUGUGCCGGCGAAAUCUCUGAAAGAAGCCUACUCACAACCGAAGAAACCCCCGCCCAGACGGAUCAUCGAAAGCAGUAAAGAGAAUCUGAUCGAUGACGUGAGACCGGAGGAUUUGUCGAGAGCCCGAGAGUUCACUCGAUCCGUCGAUCUCGUCCGAAGACCCGAGUCACCGAAAUGGACUGAUUCGAUUGAUGCGGCUCGAAGUGACCCACGACAUCUCUACUCGAUGGACAUGCGAAUUCCAACGAGCUCUGAUUCAGGCCGACUCCCGGAGAGACCAAAAUGGGAAGAAGAGAUCGAAGAUGCGAGAAAGAAUGAUUCACUAGUUUCGAUUAAUUCUGUAUUUCACUUGCCCGAAACGAACGAGAUGAUCCGCCGCUUGCUGGGUGGUGGCCAACGCCAGCAUCAAGCGCAAAUCAUUCACAUCGAACCUAGCGAAGCACAAAUCGAAGAUGCGAAAGAUAUCAUGGCUCGGAGCUUAUCCCAAGAACCCCAAGAAGAAGACAAAGGUCAAGCUCUUCCCUCAUCUCUCGCCUCCAUCCAAGCUCAAUCUUAUUUACCACCUGUAAUCGUAGAGAGAAGUCAGAGUCCGAUUCCCAACUCAGCCAUUGCUCCAUGGGAAUUCGAUCACAGAGCUAGGUCGAAAUCGAGAGAGAGGUCGAAGUCGAAGACUCCUGGGCCUGAGCCAAGAACUGAGCCAAGAUCUGAGUCUAAGUACGAGCCUGCACCCAGCGACACCGGUUUCUGGGGCACUGAACCGAAACCCGUUGAAGACCGGGGUCGAUCAAAGUUUCGUGGAUUUCUAAGGCUAAAAAGAUCCGACACCAUGCCUGCUAGAAGUGACCCGAAACCGGACCCGAAAUCUUCAACACCUCGCUCGAAAACCCCAAUCUUUGAGCGAUUUUUUAAAAGUGAUUCCGAAAGAAGGCAUACCUGGUGGGGUAGACCGAAAACGAUGAAAGAAGUGGACAAAGAUGAGGAUGAGAUGACGACGAGCUGCAGUAGAGCAUCGAUACAGGAUGAAGCCACUGUUUUCCAGGAAAAUCCCUUAUUUGUUAGCUCGGCGGCCAGAGGUGGACCCAGAAUCGCCCCACCCAGGCCCGAGCCACCAAAGGGUUGGACCAGAACGAUUGGGUCAGAACCAGAACCCAGAUUUGGCCCUGGACAAGAUCAGCCUAGACUUUGGCCAGACUCUGGGAAUACUCAAUCAGAUCUUGAAAGAUCAACUGGACCCUUGAACACUUUCAGAACACAGGACCCAGCUCCUCCUCGUCCUCCACCUCCACAACGGAGAAAUGUUUUUCAGCUUUUAGCUGUGAAACGAGAACCUAGCUUUCCUGAUCCACCAGAAAUGAUAAAAUCGACUGACUCGGGGAUUGGACAAAGCCCGGACGAAGAACAACCGUUGAGAGGAGAAAAUGAGAGAGAUGAGAGAAGAAGCAGAUCAAAGCCGCCAAUUGCGCCGAAAAGAGAGAUGAAUCGAACGCCGAAUGGAUUUCAUGAAGAGUCACCGGAGAAAUCGAUUCUCAAACGCGUGCAAGAAACGAAUAAAAACGGGAAUCGAGGAGAGGCAGCUUUACGCGAUGCUGUUCCAUACGGUUAUCGAACGGGACCUGAACGGAGUCGUAGUGCUGUUGGGGAGAGGAUUCAAUAUGGAGAUCAGGAUUGGAGUGACACGCUGAACACGAAUGGCUCAUCGAUGCGUAAAAAGACGAACUAUGGUAGCUAUCGAAUGCUAGACGAUGAUCGAUAUGGAUCGGAUAUGGAUGAUUUAUGUGAUCCGGACUUUUAUCUCAACUUCGGCACACAGCAAAGAUCAAAAGCACCAAAAAGCGAGCAAUUACCAAGGAAACAGUAUCGACCCGUUGAACAACACGACUACAACGAUCAUCACGCGGCCGCUUCAAGCUUUGAUGUUAGCCAGUCAAACGAUCGAGACUCGUGGCGUCAACGCAAUUGUCGCAGUGUGAACUCCACCUCAGAGCGAAAUCCUCGUCUCACUGUGAAAAACGAUGCAGACGGCCCGCAGGAAGAUUGGCUUUCGACGAAACUCAAAAAACUCAAAUCGAAACGUGAUAUUGAUCCGGAAAUCGCUCGACGACGAACACAAGAGAAAAUGCUUCUAGAGGAGUUGAAAAAUGCGAACGAGCAUCGAGAAGGGCCGAGGGAUCAUUUCGUUAAUGAAGGAGCUGUUGCUCGUGAUCCAUUGGAGGCUUAUCGACGAGAAGAGGAACGAUUGAGAAAUACGUCGUCACCGUUUGAUGAAAUGCCGAAAAGACAUGCCAGAGGAGUCCGUGGCAAGCCACCAACUCCACCGCCGAGAGAGCGAAGUCGUUCGCCGCCGCAAAGCCGAGUGCACACACCGAGUGUUGAUCAAUAUAAAAGUGAUCAAAUUCGUGGAAAUGGUUAUUCGAACACAAAAGAGACGAAUAUCGAUGAUGAUUAUGGAGAUUUCGCUCAUCUAGGCAAUAUUCUUAAGAACGAGAACGCAUCAACAGCCACUCGUCACUCACAAAAGCCACGAAUCCCUUCCCACCAAACACAACAAAGCACACAAAGUGGACGACAAUCACAACAGUUACAAAAGAAAUCUUCCUUCGGCGCUUCUGAAUACGCUCGUCCAUCGACCGUCGAUCCAAACACUUGGGCAAGAGGCCGGGAAACACCAUCAGCACAAUUUCCGGAUACUCGCUAUUCUGAGUGGGGAUCUCUCUCGCACGCACAGACUCCCUCUGGACAGUUCUUCUCUGGGCAGGAACGUGUCGCCGCGGCGAUCGCCCGAGCCGAGACCCCGGUUCGACAAUUUGGAACACAGGAUCGUUCCCCAUCAGUAACUGCUCGAGCCGAGACUCCACAUUUCCCGAUUCGUGGCGAAACCCCGUUACCCUAUCAUCCAUUAUUAUAUAGUCAAGGAACUGCGAGUCGACCCGAUUUAUCGCGUGAACGAGAUCGAGAUCAAUUCGCGAUGAAUUACAGAUCAACAUCACCCCGUUCGAAUUACUACAAUCAGUCGCUGAGUCGACGUUCGUCGCUCAACUCUGUCGAAAUCGCUCUAAGCCAAGAGGAUAAACUCAAGCAGAAACUGGCAAAGCAAUCAGCGUAUUUACACUCAAAAAGUGACGUCAUCAAUCUCGAUGAAUCCGACGCGGAUACAGAGCCACCAGAAACUGAUCUUGAAGAAGAUUUCGAGUACAAAAAAGGAGCUGUUCAAGGAGUUCAAGUGGUUCAAGUGAUUCCUAGAAAACGCGAGGAAAUGGAAGCAGAAAGAGCUGAGAAUGCGGCCGAGUUGAGCCAUAUCGAGCUGCUGAAUGGAGUGCAUUUAAAGUCAAAGCCAUUCAAGAGAAACUCCGAUCAGCCAGCUUCUGACCAGCCUGCCUCUCACCAGCCUGCCUCUGACCAUCCGAAAAGCGAAUAUCAAAACUAUGACCACCAAUUGGAGAACUAUUACUCGACAUGGAAGAAUGAAUCGACAACGAUACCCAUUGGACACAUCCACAGCUUCCCACUAAGCCCAAAUCGAAUUUUUGAUAUCCCCUUGCAAAUGCAAACCAUGCGACGACAACCCAAAGAGAUUAUCAAGGCUCAGAACCCUGGUGAAAUCAUCCAUCAUCAUCCAGUCUUCGUUAAAGAUGUCUCCAAGUAUUGGUACAAGCCGACGAUCUCGAGAGAACAAGCGAUCAAUAUGCUCCGCGACAAGCCGCCCGGCACUUUCGUUGUCCGCGACUCGAAUUCGUUUCCCGGCGCUUUCGGAUUGGCGCUCAAAGUGGCCACCCCACCGCCUGGAGUUCAAACUGGUGAUGGCACCGAAUUGGUACGACAUUUCCUCAUCGAACCAUCACCAAAAGGAGUAAAACUGAAGGGUUGCAAUAAUGAGCCAGUUUUUGGUUCUCUCUCCGCACUCGUCUAUCAACAUUCUAUUACGCCGUUAGCCUUGCCGACAAAACUAAUCCUACCAGACUACGAUCCAGCCACCUCUGUCGAGCACGUCUCCGCAGCUCAACUCUUGCUUGAACAAGGAGCUGCUUGCAACGUCUCCUAUAUUGGCUCAGUUGAUUGUGAAUCGUUGACUGGGCCAGCUUGUGUGAAGAGGUGUAUCCAUCAAAUGUUUCAUGAUCAAAGGAUGGGCUAUUUAACGCCAGUUUCCGUUCAUUUUAAGGUGUCGAGUCAGGGAGUCACUCUCACUGAUAACACGAGAAAGCUCUUCUUCCGACGACAUUUCCCUACGAAUAGCGUCAUCUAUGCAGGCGCUGAUCCGGAAGAGCAAAGGUGGGAUAACACAGAAGUAAUCGGCUUUUCGGAUGGGUGUGUACGAUCGGCGAAAUUGUUUGCGGUGGUGGCGAGAAAGGUAAAUCAGCUUGAGAAUCAGUGUCAUGUCUUUGCCGAACUUGAGCCCGAACAACCAGCACAUGCUGUUUUAAAUUUCAUCAACAAAGUUUUACUGUCUCCGUCUCGACAAAAC